CGUUCGCUUCACAGCCUGCCCGCCCAUUUGUGCGCACACUCCAUCUUGGGUGCUUGGAAGUGCUUGGGCGCCUUCGUCUAGCCGCAGUCGUUAGGGUUAAGUUGCGCAGGCAUUUGUUCCCAGACUCAUGACUGACGGUGGCAAUGGCAACGGGAAUGGCAAUGUAGUAGGUGAGGCGCUGGGAAAACUGUCGCCGUUGUUCAAGGGCAUUGGGUCGCCUGCUGUGGACGUCGAGGUGCCCGCCGACCAGGCGGAGCCCGUCGAUGAGGCUGAGGUGAAUGGCCGUGUAUAUCACGAUGAGCAUUUCAACCACGGCGUGCAUUAUGCGGACGAGGGGACGGCACCGGCGCCUGUGGGGCGAAAGGUGACGUUCAAUGCUGCGUUGUCGAAGAAUAUGGACUCCGAGCGGAUGACGGCGACAACAAAGCCCGUUCAGCUGGGGGCACCGAUGCCGAAAUGGCCGGCCAAUCAUCAGUCCGCAGCUUUCGAGGCUGUGUCCAUCAAGCACAGCUACAUCCUGUCACCUCCAGAGAUCUUCGCUGAAUGCGCGCACCACGGUGAGGAGAAGUAUAACUACCCCUGGUACAAGCUGUGGGUCCUCACCAUCAUCGCCGGCUGCUACGUGGGCUUCGGCUACACCACGUGCCUGCUGGUGGGCGGCAUGCUGGACCAGGCGCCCGGUGUGGGCAGCCCGGAGGAGGAGAACUACGGUCUGUACAAACUCAUCUUUGGCGCUGUGGGCUUCCCCUUCGGGUUCACCACCAUCAUUGUGUGUGGCGCCGACCUUUUCACCAGCCUGUGCGCCUACAUGACUGCGGCCUGGUGGGAGGGCAAGGUGCGCUGGCACGCGGUGUUGUACAUGCUGGCUGUAAGCUGGACCGGCAACUUCAUCGGGUGCGCCAUCAUGGUGGGACUAAUGACGGCGGGCGAGGUGUACCGUCACAAGACCACCACGCUGUUCAAUGUCACGUACGGCAAGCUGGAGUACGGCUGGGGUGCCGUGUUCGUGAAAGGCAUUUUCGCCAACUGGCUGGUGGGCAUCGCCACAUGGAUGGCCAACGCGGCGCAGGACCUGACCGGCAAGGCGGUGGGCAUCUGGCUGCCCAUCUCCGCGUUCGCAAUGCUUGGCUUCGAGCAUUCCAUCGCCAACAUGUUCCUGUUCCUUAUGGCUUGGGCCAUGGGUGCCAACAUCACCGCGAAGCAGUUCAUCUGGGACAACCUCAUUCCCGCCACACUGGGUAACUUCUUUGGCGGUGGCGUGUGCCUGGGCACCGUGUAUGCCUUCGCCUACGGUCGCACGCCCAAGCUGAUGGGCGCGUGGAUUGACCAGAAGCUCAAGCGGUCGUAAGCAGGGCGCCACACGAGGCGUGCCUUCGCUGCUGCUGUGAAGGAUGUGGCCGCUUGCACGCAGCCGAGGUGCUGGGCCCUCGUGGGAAAGGGAAGGCCGUUGCGGCGCGUUGUUACGGCACGGACUGUUUUGCAUAAUCACUGCGCAGCAUCUGCAUCAUUGAAGUAUAAACUUGAUGCACAGAUGCUGGGGCAUCCUGGACAGGAGGUGUAGCCCUAUUGCACUCAUAGACACGCAAUGAGUUGAAUCCGCACGUGCACCAGCCCGCGGGUUACCUAUACAUUCAUUUUGACCCAUCCUUCGCAUGGGUCGCAUUGUCAACCCGGUGCAGAAGGUGAUCUACAAGCAUGGAAGGGGCGUGGCCUGCGCACUCUUGCUGGGAGGCUGUGCGGGGUUGGUUUGUGGACCCUUGGCGUAUGGGCUUUUCUGCCUAGCAGGUCCAGUAGGGAACAAGACAAGGCGCAUAUGCAACGCACGGUGUGCACCUUCAAAGUUCUGUAUGCAACGUUGGAAAGGGGACGCAGGUUCACGCACGCAGGUGUACCGCGUAUGCAUAUGCAUGGGUGCGAUGGGACAGGGUCGGGGGCAGGGUGGCGUAGUCUUGAAGUGUGCAGCGUAUUCCCAGACCGCGUAUGCACAUGCAUGGGAGCACAUCAUGGCUUUGGGCAUGUGGGUUACAUACAGUCCAUGUUUAUGUUUGCGAUGUUGUACGUGGGAUGAAGGGAAUUCUUUGGUGUCAUGGUCCUGAUGCGCAAUACGUGCCGCCGUGGGGUACUGCUGAUCGACUGCUGGUAGGGUUCGGCAUUCCGGCUCGCAAGCGCCGGCGCUUGCGCAGCUGCACCCGUUCAGUGCGGAAGCUGAACCCGUUCCGGAGGCUUUAAUGAUACUAGCCGCAGGGGGGGGGGGUACGAACUAAACCUCCAGACCCCA